AUUUCGUAGGGUUUAAGUGCAAAACAACAACGUCCCUGAAACUCCGACCUCGCUCUAAAACCCUGGCGAGGCGGCGACAUAGGGUUUUUUCUGGUCAAGCUUCUCACGCUUCUUUCCUUUGCUGCUCGAAUUCAUAGUAUUUCGAGGAUAUUUCCCAAACUAUUGGUGUUUUGUGGCGUGAAUUUGGGGAUUUUGAUUGGUCAUGGCGAAGUCCGAUGCAAUUGAAGGAUCAAAAGAUCCAGAUUUGAUCAAGCUUGUGGAGGAGCAACAAGUCAAGGUUCCUGAAAAGAAAAAGCCUAGAGCUGAACAGGAUGUUUCUGAUUUAUUGGACAUGAAAAUGCAAAAAUAUUUGCGUGGUGAGGCUGCUAACCUGGAGGUUCUACAAGACAAAAAGUUGAAAACUCAACUUGUAAUCAAAGAGAAACUCUAUGGACAAUCUGCGAAAGCCGCUGCAAAGCAUGAACAGUGGCUUAUGCCAAAUGAAGAAGGCUUUUUAGAGGCUGAAGGUUUUGAGAAGACAUGGAGAAUAACUCAGCAAUCUUUACUCAAUGAAGUUGAUGCUAACAGUUCAAGAAAGGCAUUUGACAUGAUUUUACCAGAGCUCGGUCCGUAUAGAAUGAAGUAUACAUCAAAUGGCCGCUAUAUGUUGUUGGGAGGACGCAAGGGUCACUUAGGCUUGCUAGAUAUGUUAAGCUUUGACAUAGUCAAAGAAUUUCAGGUUAGGGAGACUGUUCGGGAUGUUGAGUUUCUUCACACUGAAGAAUUAUUUUCAGUAGCGCAAAAAAAAUACCUAUAUAUCUAUAACAGGCAAGGGACGGAGAUCCACUGUCUUAAGGAACAUGGAACACCUCUAAGGCUUCAAUUCCUGGAUAAACACUUCCUUUUGGCAUCAGUGAACACUUUUGGUCAGUUGCAUUAUCAAGAUGUGACCACUGGUGAAAUAGUGGCGAAUCUCAGGACUGGUCUUGGUCGGACUGAUGUAAUGCGGAUGAAUCCUUAUAAUUCUAUAAUAGGCUUGGGGCAUUCAAGCGGGAAACUCACAAUGUGGAAGCCGACUAGUGCAAAGCCACUCAUCACCAUGUUUUGCAACCCCGGCCCUGUGACAGCCAUUGCAUUCCACAGCAAUGGACAUCUCAUGGCGACUGCAGGCAUGGGUUGUAGGAUCAAGUUGUGGGACAUCAGGAAGUUUGAGGUCCUUCAUAGUUAUUUUGGUCAUGCUUCUACCUUAGAUUUCAGCCAGAAGGGUUUGCUCGCUGUUGGGAAUCGAACUCAUGUGAACGUAUGGAGAGAUUACAAGGGAGAUCAGAGAUACGGACGGUACAUGACUCAUGAAAUGGUUAAAGGAUAUCAGGUGAAUAAUCUUGUUUUCCGGCCUUAUGAGGAUGUGCUGGGUAUCGGACACUCCAUGGGCAUAUCUUCCAUACUAAUUCCAGGAUCUGGCGAGCCAAACUUCGAUAGUUGGGUCGCAAAUCCCUAUGAAACAAAGAAACAGAGAAGAGAGAAGGAAGUGCAUAGUCUUCUUGACAAGCUUCCACCGGAGACCAUAAUGCUUGAUCCUAAAGAGAUUGGCACAGUGAAACAACCAAGGAAGAAGGAGAAGAAAAGCAAAAAGGAAAUGGAAGAGGAGAUGGAAGCGGAGGUCGAGACUGCAAAAGCCAUUAAGCUCAAGAAGAAGACCAAGGGAAGGAACAAGCCAAGCAAGCGGGCAAAGAAAAAGGAAGAGGAGGUUUUGAAGGCCAAGAGGCCAUUUGUGGAGCAACGGCUGAAAGAGGAGCAACCAUUCAAGAAGCAGAAGAUGAUAGCUGAAGGUGAAGCUGAGUUGCCAGUUUCUCUGCAAAGAUUUGCCAGAAAACAGGCAGCAUGAUUUCUGUUUUUUUCCCCCAUCUAUAAUUUGGAGGAUCGGCCUUCAUAGAAUUUUGAGUGAUUUGUUGUAAUGUUCAUGCUGAUUAAUUAAAUUGUAGAAUUCUACUUUCUUUUGAGGAAAUUAGCUUAUAAAACUUAAUACAAUUGCAUUAUUAUCUGCA